AUGGCCAAUUACCCCGGGCCUUGGUACUUCGCAGUCUCAAAGCUUCCUAGAAUAUACUACGAGUACAUUAAGGGAACCUUGCCUCUAGAUGUGCGCCUGCUGCAUGAGAAAUAUGGCCCUUUUGUUCGCAUCGGACCGGAGGCUUUGGCAGUCGAUGGUUCGCUCGCCUGGCCAGACGUGUACGGCCACAAGAAAAAUGGUGUUUCUGAGUGGCCUAAAAGUCCUGAGUUCUACGGCAGUAUCGAGUCCCAAGGUAAUAUCCUUGGGGCUAAUCAGGAAGACCACCGCAGAAUGCGCAAGCUGAUUGCUCAUGCUUUCUCGGAGCAGGCUUUGGCUGCUCAGGAAGACUAUGUGCACAAAUAUGCGAAGCUACUUGUAGCAGGGUUGCGUUCUCGUAUGAAAAAGGAGCGUUCGGCAGAUAUGGUGGAUUACUUUUACAGGUUUACAUUCGAUGUUGUCGGAGAACUUGCUUUCGGCGAAUCUUUCCAUUCGCUAGAGAACGACAAACUCCACCCUUGGGUUUCCUUGUUUUUCAACAAUCUAAAGAUGAUGACGAGAGAGCGGAUAUUCAACAUCUACCCUGUCUUACGGCCGCUUCAACGACUCUUCUUUACCAAAGAAAUGCAAGAGAAGAGGUUAGAGCACCUUGAAUACGGCAACGACAAGAUCUCGGCACGGCUCGAGGCAGGCGAGUCGCCGUCUCGAAAAGACUUCUUCACCUAUAUCCUUAGGUAUAAUGAUGAGAGAGGAAUGACCAGAGACGAGCUUUGUUCCAAUGCCGCUAUGCUGGCCAUUGGCGGAUCUGAGACGACGGCCACGGCGCUCUGCGGCUUGACAUACUACCUUUGCAAGCACCCGAAGGUUCUGAAUAAGUUGACCAACCUGAUACGCAGCAAUUUCGCUACCGAGAAAGAGAUCACUGCGCUCGCUUUGGCUCAACUUCCGUACCUCAAUGCAUGCAUCGAGGAAGGCUUGAGGCGCUACCCACCAUCCGUGGAAACAGCAUCACGAAGAUCGCCUGCUGGAGGGUCAUUCAUUGACGGACGAUAUAUCCCUGAAGGUACCGAUGUCACUGUUUUCCAAUGGGCAAAUUAUCACAACAAGAAUAACUUCAAGGACCCAUUCGGGUUUGUGCCGGAACGCUGGUUUCAGCCUUCGCAUCCUGAGUAUGAUCCCCAAUGGGAAGGCGACAAGAAGGCAUGCUACCAACCCUUCUCGUAUGGUCCUCGGAAUUGCGUCGGCCACAACUUGGCACGCAAUGAAAUGCGGCUUGCUAUUGCGUAUUUGCUCUGGAACUUUGACAUUUCUCUAGAUCGAGGUAUGGAAAUGUGGCAGGAAGAUCAAAAAGUGUUUACUGUGUUUGAUAAACCGCCUCUUCUGGUUGUCCUGAAGGACAUCAGGUAG